CAUAGAAGCUAAACGCUCAAUACGCGGAUUAGCUAACUGAAAGCUGGCUAGUUAGCUUGUUAGUUUUGGUUGUAGCGCGGCUUUCGGGUGUCAGGGGGACAAAACAGCGAUAACAUGGAGACUCUGUUUUCCUUUGAGCUUCUGGUGGAGUGUAUCCAAGUCGAGAAAGAAAGUCAACUCUCCGACGAGCUGGCUCUUGGAGUGCGACUGCUGGACUUCCCAACUCUGCUCAUUUACCAGCCUCAACAGAGCAGCGGUGGCAUUAACCAACAAGAACAUAGUGGACAGAUGCAGCGGGGAGUAUACGUCUUUAACAGAGGGAAGUCUUGCUUCUUUAAAAUGAACCUGAACACACUGCACACACAUCUGUCUAACACCCCUCUGUAUGCCAUGGUGCUGGAUGUGAAAGAAGAGAUCCCCAAACUAGUUGGUACCUCACUCAUCUCACUGGCCAAAGCGAUGGACAGAAUCAAGCAGGACGAGGCUGAACAUGGUGUAUCUACUCCCUCCUCUCACGGUGAAAGGGGGGUUGUUGGUAUAUGCAACCUCACUGGGGAGAGAAUUGGAUCAAUUUCCUUGAGUUACAAACUGCUAAGUCUGGGGGCUAGUUUACUGCCACAUAUCACAGAAAGCACCAGUGUACAUGGAGGACAGCAUGCACAACAAAGCUCCAUGGAGGAAAACACAUCUGCAGAAUCGCUGCCUCAUGACUGUUCACCCACAUCAGACAAGCCUGGUGUUAGCAUCCAAAACAAACAAAAAAUAAAUGAGGCUAAACACAAUGAUGGUGUUUGUGUUGCCAUGCAGACGCUAAGAAGCCAAAUGCCUCAGACAGUCAAUGAAACAGAAAACAAAUUUGAAGAUUUAACUAUAUUCUGUCCACCUCAUCUCUUCUACAGUAAUACUGCAGAGGCAAAAAGCAAAAACGAAGGAGAGGGUUACAAAAUCCUGAAUCUAGACUCAGAGGCUUUUAUAUACGGAGACUCAGAUGAGGAGACAGGUGGAAAUAGAAGUGAAGGCACAAACUCUCCGACGAUGGACCAGAAAGUAAGACAUGAAAACACUUCAAGAAACCAAGAAUCAAGUGGGGCAACUCCAAAUGUCCUCGGGGAAGCCUUACGACAGUUGCCUCUACUAAAUGCUCUUCUUGUUGAGCUGUCACAGUUGAAUGGCCAGAACCAACACCAACCCCUGUCUGUUCAUCCCAAUCUAUCUUGGAUUUACACACCCUCUUCAGCAGAGCCUUCAGCUGGGCAUGGAAACACACCACAAAAGGCACAAACAAAAAUGUUGCAGAAAACCAGACAUGGGACUAAUCCCCAUUCGAAACAUUUACAUCCCCCCAGGUACUGUUCUACACCAGUGGUUAGGCCCGCGUCUGUGAAAGUGAAAGACAAACAAGAAGGGGCUUUGAUGCAGAGUCAAAGCUCCAAUAAAUCUCCGAAGAAGCUUGUUUAUGGCACAACUAAAACAUUCAACCUCAGACUGAAGCAGAUUUCUCCUCUUAAAGUCAAACGUCGUGAAUGCGUGGAUUUAAUACAGACUGAAGCACAGUCAGGUACGGCCAAGGGAAAGAUGAAGUCAAGCAAGAAGAUCGUAAAGUCCAGCAGAAGAAAAUCAGCAUUUAAUCAGAGCUCUAGUCUUAAUGAAAAUAUUGAGACAAUGAUGGAAAGUAUCCCAGCGGACUCCAGACUACAAGAAACACUCACACUAAAACAGAAAACACUGCACGGAAAAGUUCAUGGUAAACAAGACAUUUCAGAGCAACCGUCCCUCUCUGAAAGAAACUUGAGAUCUAUUCACAUCCCCAGUGUGGAUGGGCACGCUGUGGCCCAAAACAAAGACAAGAAUGAGCAUCACAGUGAAUCACAUGGAGUCAACUCACGGUCUCAAUCAGACAGGCACAGAGAGAAAAUUGAAUCUUCAGGAAGCAGCAGACACAGCAGCCCCAAAUCUUCAUUCUCAGACUCCAGCGGGGAAGGAAACGAGGAGGCCGACUACGCUGAUGACUUUAACAGCCUCGAGCCCAGCGAUGCCUACUCCCCUGACCCCAUGAGCAGCCCCGAGCCCUCCAGAGCCAAGACUCCCAGGUCUCCUCUCCGCCCCGACUCCCUCGGCUCCGAGGGUUUCCAGAGGACAGCAGCCCUCCCUGUGCCCAUCAAAGUCCCCAGCUCUCCAAAGCGUGCCCUGAGGGGUACGCACAUCAUCCGACCUCGGACCCAAGCCUCGGCCCUCAGCUUCUCCUCCGACGAUGGUGACAGAGAUGCAUCGUCCUCCCUGCAAACCAUAUGCUCCAGAAAACAGAUGACAGAGAGUAGUAGAGUUGAGAGGAGCUCUGGUGCUGAGAGUUUCAUAUCAUCAAGAGGUCAGAGGAGUGUGUCAACUAAGAACAGCGGCCCUGUUCGAGGACUCUCUGUAGAAUCAAUAUCCUCCUUUGAGCCACAAGAGUUAGAGGAACUGGAGGAUGAGCUGGGAUCUCUGGAUUUCAGAAAGGAGUAUCAGCAUAUCUCUGAGCUAGUGGCCAACAAACUCCCUGGUUACACUAUUUAAACAAUAUAGAAUCACAUAUUAUG